AUGAUGUCAUCAAAUAAUGUUCAAUCGCAUCUGCUUGAAAAUAGAGCAAGAAAAGUGCUUAAAGCUGCAUUUAUGUCGAACUUUUAUUAUUGCAUACAUCUCAGGGUAACACGUUCAAAGUGUGUUAAGCGGUUGAUAAUCGAAGCAAUGUGUGGAAAUGACGGUCAGUGCGUGUUCCUAAAUGAAAUGUCUCUUCCCUUGUCCCAGAUGGCCACUGAUACGUACACAAUGCCAUUACUUGUUGGAUGUGAAAAUAGACAGAUGCGAUGUGAUGGAAAAGCGAAUGAUAUUUGGGAAAAAGGAAGUCAAGCAUUUUUUUCUGCUCAUCAUCAUCAAUUAUAUCGAAAUCUUACAACUCAUGCUUUGCUGACUUUCAAAUGCUGA